AUGCAGUGGAAUCUCUUCGAGACCGGGGGCCAGCACAGCGGCAUCGUCCCACGGUCCUUCCGCGCCGCGGUACUGCUGCUGGAGCGGAAGGACAGCGACACGUCUCCCGCUUGCACGGCCAACAUUGGACCUGAAAUUCAACAGAUCGUUUUGGGCAAUCAAGAACCCCAGAAGAUCAAGAACGUGAAGGACGAGCCAGUGUCCAUUUCGACCCCGCGGAGUCCCCCCGACAAUGGAUCGCUGGGAUGCCAAAUUGUAUGA